GAGAAGUUCCCUCCCUUUUCCUUUUCCUCUCACUUACAGUAACUUAGUUAUGAGUGCUGCACGGCUACUCACGGUUUUAUAAUUGCCGAGUUUCAAUCCCUCCCAAUGAUGAUUGAGCCUCUCACUGUCACUGCUCCAGAUGGUGCAAGUUUGGCGUACGAGAUUCUAGGUUCUCAAUGGAUAGGCCGAGCUCUACCCAUCGUGCUCAUUGGCGGAAUGACCUCUUUGAGAGGUGAUUGGGAGAGGUUGGCCAAUCCUCUUGCUGCUCAUCGACCAGUCUUGAUUUACGACCAUCGAGGAAUGGGUGAUUCGACCUAUUCAACACCGGAAAGAAAUGAUGAAAUAACGGUAGAAUCGCUCGCCAGGGAUCUUCUGACUAUCUUGACUUCCUUGAGAUGGCAAGAAUUGGCUUUAUGUGGAUUUUCGAUGGGAGGUGUCGUCGCACAACAGCUUUUGUUCCUUCAAUACCAUCCAACAAACCCCGUUUCACUCCCUUUUCGCGUCACUCAUGUCAUUUUAUCGGGCACUCUCUGUGCUACAAUUUGGUCUCACGGCGCUCUUCGUCUCCAAAACCUGUCCGAAGUAUCAGUACCAUCUCGGCCUCUCACCCUUGAAGAGAAGAAAGCCCGUGUGCAGCCGGUGCUAGACUCCACUUUUGACCCGGAGUGGUUGGCAGAUCCUGCCAACAAGGAUCGUCGAGAGUUCUUGCUCAAUAGCAUGCUUUCCGGAAGACCCGGCCGUACUCUCUCGAAGCAAGGUCUUGCACUACGUAACUUUAACUUCAGGGGUCUUCACGAAAGGCUUCCUCGCAGUAUCGAAUUCUUGAUUCUUCACGGGGAAAAGGAUGCCAUCGUUCCUAUCUCAUGCGGACAAGAACUUUUACAACGUAUUCCAUGGGCACGUUCGGUUCAAGUUGGAGAUCGGCCUGGGGAAGUUCCCAGUCUGGGAUUUGGUCAUCAAUGGUUUGAGUAUUUCGACCCUGAAGUUUGGGUUGGCGUCGUGGAGACGUUCUUGGAUGCGAAGUCACCAACAACACCACCAUGGUCCCGUUUAUGA